UUUCGUGUCCACUGGUUUCAAGGUGAUACAUUGAGCCCGCAGACCUGUAAGCGGAUCUUUACCCGUUCAAGUAGAAAGAGCGUUGAAUUGUUCUCAUUUUUAGUGUUAAACUCCUGUUUUUGAAGCCACUUUUUUCAGCAACGACAAAUCACAGGCAGGCAGACCUCCACCGACCCGAGUACAGACACAAUGGAUUGGUCGUCGUCCUCCACUUCCAGCCUGAUGGCCAGCAGCAACGUGACCAACAAGACCGACCCCCACUCCCUCAACUCCCGCGUCUUCAUCGGCAACCUCAACACCCUGCUGGUCACCAAGGCCGACGUGGAGGCGAUCUUCUCCAAGUACGGCAAGAUCGUUGGCUGCUCUGUCCACAAGGGAUACGCCUUCGUCCAGUACUCCAAUGAGAGGAAUGCCAGGGCCGCCGUAGCCGGGGAGGACGGCCGCAUGAUCGUCGGACAGGUGCUAGACAUCAAUCUGGCAGGUGAGCCAAAGCCUCAUAGAUCAAAGACAGUGAAGCGAUCUGCAGGAGACAUGUACAGUUCAUCUUUUGAUUUGGACUAUGACUUUCAAAGAGAUUACUAUGACAGAAUGUACUCCUACCAGUCCCGGGUGCCUCCUCCUCCCCCUCCACCAUUGUCCCGCGCUGUCAUCCCCUCCAAACGUCCCAGGGUCAGCCUGAGCAGCGGAGGGAGCCGACGAACCAAGACCAGCUUCUCUUCCUCCUCCAAGAGCAGCCAGAGAACUUCUCGUACAAUGAAGACAGAUGAUCUACAGACCAUAAAAAGAGAGCUUACACAGAUCAAACACAAGGUGGACUACCUGCUGGACAGCUUAGAGCGCAUGGAGAAGGACCACAGCAAGAAGUCAGAGAUGAAAAGCUCCAAACCUGAGCCAGGUGAAGUGUCCCCCCUCCACUCAUCUACCUCAAGCAAGAAGGAAGACAGCCUGAAGAGGGACAAAGAGAGCCAGGAGCUCAAUGACUCAGAGGAGGAGGGAGACCUGCUGGAGGAUGAAGAUGAGUUGAAAAGCAGAGGGAGAGAGGAGGAUGACGACGAGGAAGGUGAGCAGGAGGAAGGAGAGGACGAUGGCGACAGCGCUAACGGAGACGAGUCCUGAAUGUCACUCAGGCAGACACACACACAAACACACACAAAAAAAAACAUUGUGUAAUUCUCCACACCAGACUUGUACACAGUGGUCAUGUGCUCGUAUCUGCUGAACUGACUGGACAGUUAUUUACAUCAUAUGGUAGAUAUUGCUCCUCUCAUGCACAAAUUCACAGAUAUGUGAAGUACUUGUUUCAGAACUUUCUUUCGAGUCUGUAAGGUAAAUAUACUCCAUUCUUUUUUAUUUGACUUUUUAUAUGGGCAUUUUUUCUGAUUCAUUCAGAUAAAUUGCAAAUUUGACUGAAGACAGCUGUAAUAUUUUAUAUGUUUGAACAAUGUCACACCAGAUUGAAGAACUGAUGGAAAAAAGAUCUAAGGCUUUACUAGCUGUUAGCUAGCUAGCUCAAGUGCAACGGUUUGAAGUUUAUUUAGUCUUUAAUGUUACUGAGCUCAGGCUAGAAAUUUUAAAAUUUAAAUAAAAUGUAUCGCUGAUCCUGCUGCUGUACAGUUGCCUCCUAACCAGCAGGUGGCAGUGUGUCCCAACAACUGGCCCACACGAAAGCCACAAGAUAUUUUUCUUUUGUUCCCAGAAAAUCUUCGACUUCUGCCUGUCAGAGAACACAAUGAGCGUGCACAGACUCUCAUGUAAAGCCACGCAGAUUCUCACUGGUCCAAAAAUAGUUUUGUUUGCUGCAGAGGUGUUACGAACUUUACUGACCUUGACUUGUGUAACGCGGUGAUGCUCCAUGUUUGUUUGUAUCUGUUUCUGUUCUGUUUCUCAUUUCAUUCGACUGCACUGGUAAAAAAGCGAAUAAACAUGUUUUCCAA